AGUGCCAUUUUAAAAAACUUUUGAAAACGCACAUGUUCUUUACUCUACCUGACGGGUUUCAGGCUGCAGUGGUGUAAUACCUUUUGUUCAACAGUUCUUUUUUUAAAACAAGUUAAAUAUGGCAAUUAACAAAGAAUAUUUUUGGGCGGGACAACUGAGCAAGAAGAAGCCCUCUAUUACAUGGGACCCAAAGAUCGGAGAUGAGGAUGAUGAUGACAGCUUUGAGGAAAGCGCUGUUCAGCAUUUUCUAUUUUUGAAGCAGGCAGUUUUAGGAACUGAAGCUAAAGACGGUGAAAGAAAUGUGGUGCAGGUAGCUUCUGAGGACAUCGAUGGAGAGACAAUCAAACAACCUUUAUUUUCUCUUAAAAUUGGACUAAAUGAAUGUACAACAUUGGACGUAGGAUUUCAACCGCCUGUCACUUUCUCGUUAGUUUCUGGUAAUGGCCCCAUUUACAUGAGUGGACAACAUGCACUGGAGUUACAAGAUGAUAAAUUAGAUGAUUUUGAUGAUGAAGAUGAUGAAGAUGAGGUGGUAGAGGAAGAAGGGGACAUUCAAGAAAUGUUGAAGUCAAAAAAGAGGAAACGACCGAUAGAUACCCCAUCAGACAUAAACAAAAAAAAGCAACCUAAACUGGACCAAAGUGCAUCAUCUGGAAAGACUAGUGACGAUGAAGAUGACGACGAUGACGAAGAUGAUGAGGACUUUGAACCUAAAUUGGUCAAAAAUGCAGAUGAUGAUGAUGACGAUGACGAUGAUGAUGAUGACGACUUUGAAGAUAUGGAGGAUGAUGAUGACGAAGAUGAUGAUGAUAGUGAGGAAGAGGAUGAUGAUGAUGAGGACGAAGAUGAUGAGGAGGAUGAAGAUGAAGAGGAAGAAAAGAAAGCAACAAAGGUCCAGAAGAAACCAGCGAAGAAGCUAAAAAAGAACUCAAAAGUGAAUGGCGAAGCAAAGGCAGAAGUGAAAACAGCAGGUGGAGGUGAUGCAAAGGGGAAAGGAACACAGAAGAAAAAAGGAGGAAAACCACAGACCAUUCAGGAAAUUAAGGAUGACAUUACAAAGUCGCCUGGCAAGCCCAAGAAAGAAGCCAAAUUCUUUAAUUAUGUGAAGAAUACAUACCGAAUAACAGACACACAGAAAUUACAAGAACUCUGGAACUGGCACAAGAACACUAAUUUGUAAUGAGUUUGAAGACAAUCAAAAUGUAAAAUUUUGCUAAGCUGCAUCAUUGUUGAUCAUUAUGUUUGUAUAACCUGGAGGAGGAAAUCAUGGUAAAAACACAAUCCGGUUUAAUCAAUUCUAUAUACUGUAUUUUUUCUAUUCAGUAAAUCAGUUUCAAAUUUCUUAAUUUUUAACAAUGUAAAAAUGAAACUGAGGAAAUUUCAAAGCCAUGAACUGGCAAGGAAGGGGAAAACCCUACUUACAUUUCCUGUUUCCUAUCAACUAUGUACAAAGGUGACCCACUCAACCAUCCAUGUAGCCUAGCGAUGAACAUGUGAAUAAUUUCUUCAGAAUAUGAAUCCCACAGUUUGACUUACAAGAGUAUAAGUUAAAUAAAUACAACACAAUACGCUGUUUAAAAUAGCCGCACAUUCCCCAAUCUAUUGCAUACCCUACCCAGUGUUGUGUAUCUAGAUAUUAGCAUCAGACCAUCGGAGGUUUUAGAGGGGUGGAGUGGCUGGGGUAUAAUUAAGAGCUGCAACUUGAUAACCUUUAAGAUUUCCUGCUGGUAGACCUCCUUUGUCAUGAUGCAACAAAACCGUGUCGGUUCGUUUUUGUAACAGCAUCCAUUUACUUAAACUAACUGUGUUUGACAAAGAUUACCAGUAAUGUUGAUAUUACAAAUGUAAAGAAUAAAAGAAGUAUUUAGUACUCUGUGUUGCAUUAAGCAAACUUAAAAAGGUUUGAUUAUAAACAGGAUUUGUGUAUUCUUUAUUCACUAUCAAGGGGCUUGUCUUCUCUUCUCAAAGCAAUUGGGUUUUCAGAAAGUACUAUUGUGGUGAGAAGCCCGGAUUAGGUAUCUUUUUGAACUUGCUUCCUUUAAAAUCAUGAACCAGUAAGGGUAAUUGAAUCUAUGGAUCAAGUUACAGGGUUUAAAAAAUAGCUAGCAUUAGCAAGUAUUAAUCCAGUUGUCAACUCCUAUUAGAAGUGGUAUCUUUAAUAUCACUCGUAACAUGUCAGGUGUGGACACCGUUUGUCAUGAAUAGUUGGGUUUCUUAUGUUACAUCAAUUUCAUGACGAAAAUUAUUAUCAAUUAUAUUGAUUAAAGAUUUCAUGAUUAAAUUGUUUCUGAUAUUAUCAAUUAUUAAUUACAUUUAAAAUAAUUUCAAGUUUCAUCUUGUGUUGUUGUUAACAGUAUCAACUGAGUUUUCGGUUAUGUAGAAGUAAUUUAAAACCUGAGCUGAUGUAAUGCUGGGUCUCUGGUUAUCGCGUCCUUGAGAUGUCAAACCUCCAACUCGUUAGCAAAAUUCAAUUUUCAGAAAUAAGACAUUGAAUAUGAAAUGUUCUCCACCAUUCCUGUUGAAUCCUUAUCGAGAACGAAAUUAAGACGAAGACUCGAGUGUAACAUCUCUGCUUGAUGACCUCUGUUCGAGUCGGGCAACAGGUAGGAAACUAAUUUUUAGCUAUGUCCGGUAUUCUGACUGAAGCUCUUACCUCAAGAGCAGGUAAUGAAACCUGUUGUAAGGAUGAGUUAAAAACCAGGGUGUCUUUCGUCAAUUUAGGAUUUAUGCAGGAUUGUGGUAAUCAGAAACAAUAUGAGAGCUACAGCAGGCACUGCACCUCCAGCGGUGACCUAGCACAGUCAGCUGUGGCAGCCAAUUGUGUCAUGUUGUCUAAGAUAAUAACACUAUAAUGAUUUACUAAGUGAUCCGCAAAAUUGUUCGCUCUGGGAUGCUACUAGUAACCUUGGUAAUAAUGGCCUGAAAAGUGGGCCAAACCUGCUCACAGUGGUGCGUCGGGCUCAGCACGCGUGCAGCAUGCAUUUGCUGGAGGCAUGUACAAGUUAUUCCACUUAAAAACAAUAUUUUGUGUAUUAAGUAUUUGCUCAAAAGUAUCUGACAUGUGUAAAAUAAUGAAAGUAUGUAAACAAUUUUAUCAUCUUGAUACUGAACACAUUGCUUGAGGUUAACAAUCUUUUUUGUACUUUUUCUAAUACAGUAUAUUCAUCCUUUACCACAAAGUGGUGUUGUAAUUAUUAUUGUGGUUAGGAAAAAUUGAACUUUUUUUUUUCAUUAUUGUUAUUCAAUUAUUAUUAUUAAUGUAUAUUAUAUGAACUGAGAAUGUACUUACCUUUUCCAUCAUUGCCAAAGGACAAAUGCUUUUUGUGAUGAAUCUUUGCAUUUCUGUUCCUGUAUUACAAUAGUUUUUUUAUUCCAUGCUACAUGCUACAAAGUGGUUCCAAUUAAGAGGUAUUAAGCAAACGUUUCAUAGUCAAAAUAUAUCAUAAGUUAAAGUACUAGUACUGUUUAUAGCAGGAUAUUGAUUUUCUAAUUGAUGGAUAAUGGUUCCUGCAGGUUGCCUGACCACAUUGCAGGUGGUCUGGUCAACAUGUUGCUAGGUGGCCUGGCCACAUGAUACGUGAUGGUAAUACCCUGUGCAUGAUAAUGCACAGGGUAUUCUGGUUCAUGCUGCAGUACCAGAUGGUCCACAUGCUGCAAGUGGUCAGGUUCGUGCCACAAAAUUUCCAACAUUCUACUAAUGGUUUGGAGGGUGCUGUCUGGUGGCAUGGCCUGCAGACUGCAUGUGUUCAUACUACCUUCCUCAUUCUACCAAGCAGAUUAUUGGUCCAUGCUGCACUGCAUCUGCCCCGUGCUAAAAUCUUUUGUGUUUGCCCAUGGUUUUUGAGUGAAAAUAUUCACACAGAAUCGAUCAGUGCUCUCUCUUCAACUUGCUACUCUUGUAAGUCGAAUUUUAGGAUUUAUUUAAACAACCAUUACAAAUUGUCCUGUACCCAAUUGUUGGUGCCUCUUUGCACAUAAAAGGUGAUUGCAUGUUAAUAAUUGUUUUGUAAUUCAUAAAAAAAAUUGACAAGUUUGGUCGUAGUUGACAAUAAAAAAAAUAUUGAGUUAAGA